AUGGUACCUGUGUGUGUGUGUGUGUCUCAGUACCUGGGGCUUGUGGAGGUGGAGGAGUCCAGGGGGAUGCACGUGUGUGAAGAGGCCGUGAAGAAACUUAAAGCUAGCGGGAGGAAGACCGUGAAGGCCGUGCUGUGGGUGUCUGCAGAUGGACUGAGAGUUGUGGAUGAAAAAACUAAGGACCUGAUCGUGGACCAGACCAUCGAGAAAGUCUCAUUCUGUGCUCCAGACAGAAACUACGACAAAGCUUUCUCCUACAUCUGCAGAGACGGGACCACGAGGAGAUGGAUGUGUCACUGCUUCAUGGCUAUCAAGGACUCGGGGGAGCGGCUGAGCCAUGCGGUGGGCUGUGCGUUUGCUGCGUGUCUGGAACGUAAACAACGGCGAGAGAAAGAGUGCGGCGUCACCGCGUCCUUCGACGCUUCACGGACCUCGUUCGUACGAGAAGGAUCCUUCAGAGGCACCUCCUCCUGCACCUCCUCCUCCACCUGCACCUCGACCUCAGUUCAGCCGGCCGAGGAGAGGACACCAGACAGGAGGAGAGACCAUGUGGCCUUAGUCCCCUCGCUCCCUCCUUCGCCUCCAGAGGGCGCUGCGUCCCCCAUGGAGCGCCCUGAGCCUGGGGGAGGAGCCACAGCAGGGGGAGGAGCUGCUAUUCCACGCCGCCACGCCCCGCUGGAGCAGCUGGUGCGACAGGGCUCGUUCAGAGGGUUCCCGGCCCUCAGCCAGAAGAACUCCCCCUUCAAGAGACAGCUGUCACUCAGGCUCAACGACCUGCCCUCCACCUUGCAGCGCAAGACCGACUUUCAGACCACUGACACAGAUCUGGAAGGGGGCGUGGCCUGUGAGGCAGACGGUGGCGUGAAUGCGCUCUGCUCUCAGAUCAACUCAUCCUUCACCAGAGACGAGCUCUUCAUCACUCCUUAUCAUCAUCCUCCUCUUCCUGCUGCUGCGGUGAAUGGAGGUCCUCCCUGCACCAUACCCCCCCUGCUGCCACCUCCUCCAGCGCCUCCUCAGGUGUCCUCGUCCUGGGUGCAGCCGGACGUCCCUGUGUCCCCUCCGGUUGUUCCCUCGGCUCCGUUCACUCACGGACACAAGCGGACGCCGUCUGAGGCCGAGCGAUGGUUACAGGAAGUGUCCAACGCCGUGAGACCUCAGCAGACUCCUCCCUCUGCGGGGAGCACCACCAUCCCCCCCCUGCCAGCCCCUCCCUCCUCCAGGGGCGUCCCCUCCGCCCAGUUCCCACCUCUGUCUCUCCCGUGUGUCCCUCUGAUCCCUGGUCCAUUGAUGGCGGGACCCUCCAUGUCUCCCCCGUCGAUGGUGGGACCUCCCAUGUCUCUCCCGUCGAUGGUGGGACCUCCCAUGUCUCUCCCGUCGAUGGUGGGACCUCCCAUGUCUCUCCCGUCGAUGGUGGGACCUCCCAUGUCUCUCCCGUCCAUGUGCGUCCCGACCAUGACGGCGACCAUGACCACGGCAGCUCCGAUGCUCCUCCCACAGCCGUUCCCGCUGUCCUUUGACGCAGCCCCAGUGUACGGGAGCCCGCCUCUGCAGCCUGCGCUCGUGCCGGUGCCGGGCUACACUCCGCGGUUAUCUAGCGCCGCAGCGUUCCCGAACGUGGUGCCCGUGGUGGGGAUCACGCCGUCGCAGAUGGUGGCUAACGUCUUCUGCACCGCAACACCAUCCUCCUCCAGUCGAACGGGAGCAAGCCAGUCCUGCGGGGUCACCACGGCAACCGCAGUGCUAACAGCUAAUUGCGGUGCAGUUGGGUUAGUGAACGGUGCAAAUGCCGGCACAACAUGGCCGCCUGAGGGGAGUCAGCUGACCACGAGCUCGGCGAAGGAUGAUGAGCGGUUUGAGGCCAAGUGGGCAGCGCUGGAGACCAAAGCUGGGACCAAUGCUGCUAGUGCUACGAAUGCUGCUGCUAACGCUAAUGCUAAUGCUGCUAACCCUUUCUCCAACAGCCUGCAGAAGACUUUUGAAAUCGAGCUGUGA